GAUUCGGUUCGUGACCGUGAAGACUACCUCAAGCAGUCUGAGAGACUCUUCAUCCUACAAUCAUUUACAGUUGGAGCUCUCAAGAACAUGCGCAAUUACGAAGGUCAGACACCAGCUGGAGACCGCAAAACAGACGUGCUUACAAGAGCAGUCCAACUGGUCAAGACAAAGACUGAGAUAGUCGACUUCAUUCUUGCAGCUUGCCCAUACAAGUAA